CAAAAUUUUACGUUUUCAAUUUGUUUUCAGCGACUUUGUUUAUUAUGUUAAUUUAAUAAAUAUAUUCAAUUAAAGCAUUUUAGAGGGGAAAGCUCUUAUCGGUAACCGGGCUUUCAACUGUAAGCAUAAGAAUGUAUUUCUCCUCAAUAAGUUCCCGGUUACUUUUGUACGACACCAACAGUUGGGAUUUGAAAAAAAGUUAUUGGUGUUAUGAAGGCUUAUUGCGAGAUAUAUCGUGGAGCGAUGAUAGUAAAUAUUUAUUGCAGGUCAAUUCUAAGGGUGUAGUAGAGAUACUGAGCCCAGCUGAUCAUGAUAUCAGGACUCUACAACAUAUACCAUUAAAAGACACUUGGUCUGCAAGCUUUCAUCGUGAUGGUCACCGUAACAUUGCUAUUGGUACUAAAAGUGGAAAUGUAAUGAUAUGGGACACUAAGAACAAAAAUAUAACUAAAACAUUCCCAACUCCUUGCCAACAGUCAUGUGUCAAUUUUGUCAGUUACAAUGCCAAGAACACUAGUCUAGCUGCAUCUAUGCAGAAUGGGGAUACAGUUAUCUAUGGCCUUGUAUCUAACAUUCCUGUGCUAACAGUGAAGCUUUCCUGCUCUAAAAGUAUCACUGCAAUGAAGUUUCAUCAUGAGUGCCGAUCUUUACUUGGUCUAGCCACUGACGAAGGCCAUAUUGUAAUACGUGAUAUCACUACAAAUAAAGACAAGGCCUUCUUUGAAAAUGUCCAUGCAUCUCCAGUCAGUGAUAUUGCAUACUCUCUCAUAAAUAAAGACGUGAUGCUCUCUACUGGGUAUGACAAAAUAAUGCAUGUCUAUGAUGUUCGAUUGCAGAAUGUAGUAUCAACAAUAAGAACCUCAUACACUUUGACUUCUUUAGCAAUUAAUUCUGAAAAUCAGGUAGCUCUUGGUACUAAAAAUGGCCUGGUGCUAAUGUAUGAUCUCAGGGAUCUUACUGCACCCUCUAAGGUAUUAAAAGGUCAUGAAGAAGAGGUCCACAAAGUGGCAUUUCAACCAAUGCGACGUAAGAUGAUAUCAGCAGAUAUUAGUCUUCGUGAAGAAAUAGAGAUCCAUAAUAGUCAGUCACCACAUAAAAAUUCUUCCCCUGUCCGCCAUCAUAGAACUUCAGAUAUGUUCUUUGUUUCGGAUUCCCCACCUAGAAUUAAUAAUCUUGAUAUUUCUCCACAAGGAGGUGAUGCUAAAGCAGAUUCGUUUCUUGUUAUGAUGGGCCUUGAUAAAUCUAAUGAUUUUGAAGAAGAAGCCAAUAAAUCUACAGAAUUUGAGAGAAGGAGCGACAGACAUGAUAUUAGAUACCGUCAAUUAGAUGCAGAAAAAAAUAUCAGUAAAGUGUCAACUCCUAUAAAUAGUCGUACUACUGAAAAUUUGGGCUUUUCUUCACCUGUGAUAACAAAUGGUGUUCCUGAUGAUGAAAGAGUUUCUAAUGUUAAUUUGUCACUCUUGAAGCCAUCAAACUCAACCCAAGCUUUGGCUGUGGAGUCAAAGGCUGUUGAUGAUCUAAAAGACUUCAUCAAACUAACUCUAGGGGAUGUGGCUGACGACAACAGGAACUAUUUCCUUCACAUUAUGAUGGCUUUGACUAAGCAGAAGUUGUAUUUGGAGAAGCAACUGUCUGGCAUGAGUGAGCAAUUACAGAAUAUGAUGCAUAUUCAAAAUGCUUUAGUUGAAACAAAUAGAAAACUUGCCUUUGAAAUUGAUCAGCUGAAAGCUAGGCAGAGUUAUUUAUAACUUGCUUAAAUAUAAGUAUUCAAAAUUCAAGAUAUUAAAUUAUGUGAUUAAUUGAGUGUUGCCAGAUUUGUUUGAUUGAUAAUAUAAAUUGUUUUUGGAUUUAUAUCAAUUUGGUGCAAAUAAAUCAACAUUCCAAAAAAGGUCUGUGCAACACUGUAAUAUUAGGUAUACUAUUCACACGCAUAAUAUUGUCAACAUUGAUAAUUAUCUUUAUUGUCUAACAUUUCUAGUGCUCUCUAGAUCCUACAAGGAUAACCUUUAGCUAAAAAAAAUAAUUAAAAUAGAAUCUCAUAUAUUCCUUAAAAAAAUUUAAAGUUAAUUGUUAAUAGCUAUGAAAUUGUAUCACAAAAUUUGAAUUAUGUUAAGCAAUUAAUAAAUUGUUGUGACUGAAAAUAAGGAAUAAACAUUCCUUUAAAUACUUAUAGUGCCAAAUCUAUGUAUUAAUAAAAUGAAUUUGCAUGUAUAAGGCAUGAAGUUUAACUAGUUUACCAGUGCCAUUAGAGAAAUAUAAUGUUUCACAAAUAACCAGUAUUUUAUUAGUGGACAAUAAUCAAUUUUUAGCUCGUUUGUAACUAAAUGCUGUGAAUGUUUGCAUUUCGUUGUUGUUAAUUUGAUUGUUAAUAGUUACAUAAUAAGUAGAUGUGGAUUCAAUAAACAGUUUUCUAACA